CAGUGCAGCAGCCAUGCCUGGAGUGUAGUUCCGGCUUUGCAUUUCGCUUUAAAACAUCUUCGUCUCGUAAUGUUCCAUGAUUAUUUCAUAGCGUGGUGAAUGUACAGGUCACAACUUGUCCACGAGAGCGUUUUGGAGUUGUUGGAUCGUGUAUUUGAUGAGUCUGAUGAGGGAAAACCGGAAUACCGUCUGCUUACAUUGAGUUGGCAUAGCAGGUCCGAGCUCGGCAGCGGCAGAUGUAAAAACAGCUUGCACCAACAAAUGAAGGAUGACUCCAACUCCUCCGGCACUUCAUGCUCCCCUGCAUGUGAUCUCCCGAAAGAGUUUGACGCCAUCAAGGAAAAACUUGUCUCUUUGGAGACCAGGCUGAACGACAUGGAAACCAUGAAGAGACAAGCUGAAAAUGCAAAGGUGAUCUUCAGUGCUGCAACAGGAGGAGGAGGCUCACGCAUCGGACCUUUCAGCGAAGCAUCCAUCUUGGUCUACAGAACCGUCUUCACAAACAUCGGUGACGCCUACAACGAAACCUCAGGUGUUUUCACCGCUCCUGUCGCAGGUGUUUAUUAUUUCAGCUUCUCUUACCAUGCUGGAGGAGCACAUGGAACACGUCUGGCUCUCCUCAAGAACUCCAGGACGAUCAUCAUGAGCGGUGAUCAACAAUCACAAGCUGACAAAACUGGUAAUGGAGGGAACACGGUGUUUCUGCAGCUGCAGCAGGGAGACCAGGUCCACAUGCAGAUGGCUGCAGACACUCAAGUUUGGGGAUCUGACUACCACACCACUUUCAGUGCGUUUUUGGUCUCUCAAAUGUAAGACUGGUCACUGAAUUUACUUCACCACUAUGUUUCAAAAUAAAUGAAAAUCAGUGCCAUUACUUACACCUA